AUGUUUCUCAAGGAUGUGGAUUGGGGCAGUUUGGACUAUCUUAUAAUCGAUACGCCGCCAGGAACAUCAGAUGAGCAUAUCUCCACGGUGCAGUUUCUUCAAGUGUGUUCGCUUGAUGGAGCAAUUGUUGUGACUACGCCUCAGGAGGUGUCAUUGCUGGAUGUUCGCAAAGAGGUCAAUCAAUUUUUGCCGUAA